GCGCUCAGUACGAGACUUGCCGUCGCUCGGUACGGAACGGACACGAGCCAAGCAGGCCAAACCGAACGCAAACCAAACGAUCGUGUACGGGUGCUAGCGUGUGUGUGUGUGAGAGAGAGAGAGAGAGGCAGAGAGCCCGCACCGAGAGACACAGAAACCCGAAAAACAAGUCGCAAACGGCUUGUGCGAUCGUAAAGAACGCUGUAAUAAGUACGCCAAACACACACACUGGGUGUGUGUAAAGGCGGCAAAGGAAGGGGAUGUGCAGUUGAUGUGUGUGCCUGUGCUUUUUCCUCUUGUUUCACUGUUUUGGAAGCGGAAAACGUAUACCUUUGUGUGUGCCUACCAGCUCUCUGUGUGUGAUUGUAAGCUCCAGUAAAGUGUGUUCCGAACCCGAUCGAGCAACACCGAUCGCGGUGUGAUCGAAUCUCCGUUUUUACGUUCCAAAAAUCGGUGUGUGUGUUGAAUUCUGCUUUAGGGAAAACCCCCGUAGUCCGGUGGAGACCGGUGAAAAUCCGGUCGCUCGGGAACAGCAAACAUUCACUCUCACUCCGGCGGACAGCGGACGUAAGUGGCCUUCUCCCACCCGCGAAUCCAGUUGCGGCACUGCGGGAUUGUGUGUGUGUGUGUGUUUAAGGGAGAGUAAUCGACGUGUUGUGCACCAGUACACCCACAAACAAUAUCGUUGCACUUUUGGAUGCGCACCAGGUGCAGUGUACAGUGUCAUUUCCUUCAAGUUUGCCGGUUUGUGUGGUAGUUGGCUGACCAACAACAAAAAUAAGGGGGGUGGAAGCCAAUUGUGAUCAACAACAAAAGCACCCUUUGCACAGGCGAUAUAUGGACCCGGCAAGUGUUUUGUGAACAGCGAGUGGAGGGGAAAAGAAGUUCAGCCAAUCCAGUCAAUCCACACAUACACACAUACACACUGGAUACCGAACCCGGCAGCACGAUGGACAGCUGGAUGCAAGAAGUGGUGUCGAUGAUGGCAGGUGAUGGAACGCCUGCAAGGAUCAAACAGGAACUGAUCGAAACGUCCUGCUGCAGUCCCUCGCCGUCGUCGGUCGGCAGCCUCUCUCAAACCAACAUACUGUACGGCAAUUCGCCCACGGGAAAGAUGGAUUUCAAAUGCAGCAGCAAUAACGGCGACACACAUCUGACCGAGCUGCACGGCAGCGGUGGUGCCGGUGGAAGCAGCGGCAGCACCAAACCUCAGUCACCCGGCUCGCCGGACCGCCAGUUCUGCAGCUCGACUACGUCCGCGAUCGGGGACUUUGGCAGCGAUGGGACGAGCCACGACACGAUCAAGGAGGAGCUGCCGCGCCGCCUGUGUCUGGUGUGUGGGGACGUCGCGAGCGGAUUCCACUACGGCGUUGCCAGCUGUGAGGCAUGUAAAGCAUUUUUCAAACGCACCAUUCAAGGAAACAUCGAGUACACCUGUCCCGCGAGCAACGACUGCGAGAUUAACAAACGGCGACGGAAAGCGUGCCAGGCGUGCCGGUUCCGCAAGUGUCUGCUGAUGGGGAUGCUGAAGGAGGGCGUCCGGUUGGAUCGGGUGCGGGGCGGCCGGCAAAAGUACCGCCGCAAUCCGUGCUCGAACCCGUACCAGAUGCAGAUCAUUCAGUCGAACCAGCAGUACACGGCCCAAACGCUCGAGGACAUCAAGAUCCUGGAAGUAUUAUCCUCGUUCGAGCCGGAUCCGCUCUCGAUCGGUGGCACCGGGGGCGACAGCAUGAUGACCGUCGGCGAGGAGCGCAACGGUGGCCAAGCGUCCAGCUCGUCGUACUCGUCGUCCUCGUCGUCGUCGUCGUCGGCAAGCAGCAACAGUAGCCACUCGCCCGGCGGCGGUGGUGGUGCCACGGCGGCUGCCGCCGAUUCCGGCCUCGAUCGGAUGGCGAUCGGUGGCGAUGCACAGGAAAUAUUGAGCGUGCUGAGUGAUAUAUACGAUAAGGAGCUGGUCGGGGUGAUCGGGUGGGCGAAGCAGAUACCGGGCUUCACCGAUCUGCCGCUCAACGAUCAGAUGCGGCUGCUGCAGGUGAGCUGGGCCGAGCUGCUGACGCUAAUGCUUGCCUACCGGUCGAUACCGUUCGACGGUCGGCUGUACUUUGCCACCGAUUUCUGGCUGGACGAGCGAUCAGCAAAGGAGUGCGGUGCGCUUGAUCUCUACAACCAUCUCGCACAAAUCACCCAACGAUUGGAAAAGAUCUCGGCGACCAAGGAGGAGUACUAUCUGCUGAAGGCCCUGUCGCUGUCAAAUUGUGAUAUCAGACUGGAUAACUACAGUGCGCUCAAGAAAAUCCGUGACUCGAUACUGUACGCACUUAACGAUUGUGUGUUGUUGCUAAGGCAACAUCAGGCAGUAUCACAUCAGCAACAGUUGCUGCUGCUGCUGCCAUCGUUAAGGCAGGCGGACCACAUUAUACGCAAAUUCUGGACGAAUGUGCAUAUCGAGGGCAAUGUGACGAUGAACAAGCUGUUCGUCGAAAUGCUCGAGUCGGUCUCGCGAUAAGAUGUGGCUUUUUAUUAAAAAGCAACCGCUCAAGCUCUUGAACAACAACUAGCCCUAACACAAAAUGACUACAAACGCAUAGAGAGAGGUGUAGCGAUCAAGGGCAUCGGACGCGCGCGGGCGCAGUCACGGUUGGAAGUUGUGACUAUAAUUUCGUGGAAUGGUUACCCCAGCGUUAUUCGAAUUGUUUACGUAGUUUUAAGGUACACAUACAUAUAUCUGUUUUACUCUACUUCUGCUAGUAGCGCACUCGGUUUCUUAGAGAAACGCGCGUUGUUGCAGCUGUACAAACAGUUGUUGCUCCACCACCUGAUUGAUUGGGAGGGAGCACCUGAUGUUCAGUGUGUGUUUUUUUUUCUGUGUAACUGGGUUGCAGGUUUCAAACGAAUUGAUUUCAAACGUUACGUGGACGUGAAUAUGAUGGGCGUGAUUCGCUGUCGUCCUUUUCUUAUGCUAUACGUUUAUUGUGUUUAAGUUACCGCGAGACACGCCGGCUCAGUAGUGUGGUGGAGAGAGAAAGCAAUCCUCCAUCGUAAGUCAAUUGUAGGGCAAUGUUCGGACCGGUCCGAUGGCUGUUCUUAUUAGAAGAGGUGAACUCCUUCCUCACCUGCUUGUUUCAUUGAAGCACUGCAGUUAAUAUUGCCGCAUAUUACAAUGCACUGUUUGUAGCGUGCGUGUGUUAGCGCAGCAGUCAUAUUCAAAUUAAACUCCAGUGAGAUUGAUGCUUACUUUUAAAAAAUCGAUUUUAAACGCUAAAUUCCUCAGAACAGUAGAGUAUUGUUUGUUUUAGAGAGUCAGUUUUUUGUUUUAAAAUAAAUAACGACCACACGCACACAAAUAGAGUUAGACACAGACAAGAGCGGCCAGAGGGACAGUGGAACAUUAUUAAGAAUUCAUAUUGCAAUAUCUAUACCCUCGUAUAGUGGCCGUACAAGUGCCGUAGUAAUUUAUGUACAGAAAAAAGCAAUGUUUUUGUAAUCGCAUCAGACAGAAGAUUUGUGUAAUUGAGUGUGAGCGUGUGUGCGUAAGAGUGAGAGCGUGUGGUACGCGUCCACACGGGGUGUGUCAGGUGUAUUUUUUUAAAAUAAUGUUUUAUCGUUUGCACACUGCUGUGCUCGUUAUAGAAGAAUGAAUGUUCUUCGCCGAUUGCAAUAGAGAGAGAGACAGAGAGGGAGAAGGCAACUAACGAUGGCUGAUGCUGAACUAAAAUACUUACUGUAAAUGUGGUUUAAACGAUGUGGAAGUGUGUUGUCACGAUGCAAAGCAGCUGAAUCUCACACGCGCAAAUGUGUUUUACGAAAGCAGCUGCUUGGAUACGGAGACAUUGGGAACAUUCGAAGAGAAGGUGUGAAUAAAAGCUGUCUCCCAUUUUACAACAGGUAACAUUACAGUACAACUAUCCCAGAGCAAACGAUCGUUCAACGUGGCGAAGAGGCGGCAAAGGGGAAGAACAAUCAGAUCAGUAUGAUUUUAUUUCGUUCGAAAGUUGCUAAACUCUACCAAAGCUGUCGCUGUAGAGUUUAAUAUUUUCUUACGAGCGUAGCAUAGCUCAGACAAAAAAGCGUAGAAAGACAAGCAAAAGUAACAGUGUAUUGUAGGGAGAGAGAGAGAACGACACUACAAAACCAGCAACCGAGCAUACAAAACGAAAUGGUCUUCAAGCAACUGCAACAAACGAUACAAAACCAUAGAGAAGAAUGGAAACAAACUUUUAGAAACAGUUCCAUAUAUUUGCAAAAACCUUUAUUAUGUACAUAUGCAACAGUAGAAAAGAGAUGUAACACGAACCCCGCAUUGUAAGUGAAAGAGAUAAACUUCGCUGCGUAGGUGGGGAGCGAAACUAAACGACAACAAAAGCCACAAUUCGACUGAAACCACAGGUCCUUUCACAUACAAAACGUGUGACGCAUGGUAAUAGAAAGGCAUUAUUAGGCUUCGACAGCAAAGCAAAGCAAAGGGUCAAGGUUUGGAAGGAAGUGUUUUUGUUCUUUUGCCCGCUUGCCGGAAGAUUAUGCAAUUUAUCCAUUGCCUGCCUGCAGUACAGCAAGUAAAUGCAGGAGCGUAGCCGUAUCUAGUAGCGAGUAGGAAAAAUCUUCCAAGAUUUUUAACCGUGUAUGUCGUGUUGGCGGGGGGAAAAACAAUGGGAAAAGCUGUAACGACGGCACUGGCUGGUCGACGAGUCUGGUGGGUACGUUUUAAGGUGAUUGUCUCAGGGAUUGUAUAGCGCGAUUGCGUUCUUGCGUUGUGUACGUGACGAUAGUUUAAAAAAAAAUGGACGUUGGACAUUGUUCGAGUAGUAGCAUAUGUUAGUUGAAAUUGAGGUGCCGUAAUGGUGAUGGUUUGUACGGCGAAAGAGAGGGAGAGAGAGAGUGUAUACGUUCCAGCAACAACAACAACAUUACACCGUCACGCGUAAGGUAGCUGAAUUGGGGCGGCGGAAUGGUUAUCGAAUGAUGAUGAUGAUGAUGAUGGAUCGUUAAAUAGAAAUACAGCAGGCAUUAUUUUGCUAAUGCGGAAAAUACGA